AUGUCUAAUGAUGCAGCACCGAGCGGCACGGUACCCCGGAAGCGGAGCCUUGACGUCCCACCAAGCAGCAAUAAUACGAGGCAACGACUGGUCAAAGUUACGAGAGCCUGCGAUGUAUGCAAGGCGAGGAAGUCAAAGUGCUCCGGCGACCAGCCGUGCGAGACCUGUACCCGCCGGGGGUUGACAUGCCAGUACGAAGCCGCCUACUCGCGAGGCAAAGUAGUCUCCCCACGCCCAGUUCACCCAGCAGCUGUGAAUGCUCAGCAGCCCGCGUCGGCGCCAGUCUAUCCUCAUGCUAUACUCAGUGUCGCACCAACUAUGAAUGUCGUUGGUGAGGAGACGGAACCUCCUUCGCGGGCUUCUCCUGGGCUCGAGGUAGCUGGCCAGUACUCCGACUCAACAUCUGGUCUUUCAUUCUUGAAUCGCGCGUGGCGGCGUAUCUCCAAUAAGGAAACUAGCCUAGUAAAUGGGCUGGGGUCCACAGAAGACCGUCAGUUGCUGAUGAGCGCGGGUGACAAGCCGUUCCUAGAGACUGGAGAAGUGCAAAUGCCUUCGUUAGAUCGCAGUCGUCAGCUUCUCCAUUUGUACUUCGACGUGUGUAUUGCGACCUAUCGGCUAUUACAUAGACCUACUGUCGAAGCGUGGUUGGAGACUGUGUCUGAUAACGCAAAACAGCACCGAGCCCUGUUUCAUGGUCUUGGUCGCGCCAAGACUUCGGCAGUGUUGUCAGUGUUGGCGAUCGCAUCAUUCCAUGAAGAGAAGGCAAGUGGAGAGAUUGGUCUAUCACCAGUGACCCAACCCGACAUGCAGUUGCAGAGCGACAUGCUGUUUAUAGAAGCUUCACGUUUGACCCAAGCCGAGACUGGUAUCCCAAAGCUUGAGUCAGCACAAUCCAGGCUUAUACAGGUCUUGUAUCUUCUCAUGUCAUGUCGUUUCAACCAGGCAUGGUAUACGUUUGGGCACGCUUUGCAGAUUAUUUCUGCUUUGGGGUUGCAUCGAAGAGACGAUCGCAAACGACAAGCAACCGCCACCAGACGGGAUUACAUCGACGAACAGUGCAGAAAACGCACGUUCUGGGUAGCCUACACCCUAGACAAGUACCUUGGCGUUAUUUUCGGCAGGCCCAGGCACUAUCACGAUGAAGAUAUCGACCAAGAUUUCCCCACCGCUGUCAACGACGAAGAUAUGACUAGUACAGGUCCAAAAUCUACAAGCACAGAUGACUGCCAUAUAGAGUCGCUGGUGUAUCAUGCCCGACUAGCACAAAUUGCCGAGAAGAUAUCGCGAGAAGUCUAUUCCAUCAAACCAGUGCCAGAUCAGAUUCGACUUGCAGCCUCUCAUCGCUUAGCCGCAGAGCUACGCCAGUGGAAAGCAUCGCUACCACCAUUCCUUGGUGCUGUCAAUCCUAGUAGCCUAAUCCCAACUUUCCGGCGACAGGCAACGGCACUCAAGCUCUCUUAUUGCCAUGCUGUCAUCCUAGCGCAUCGGCCGUUUCUCCUGAAGAACACUAGACGCGGCAAUACUGAGAUGCAUAUCCUCGCGAAAGACAGCCUUGCAGAGUGUCUUACAGCUGCACGAUCAGUAUUGGAAGCAGUAGACCGUAUGGCGCGAGAGGGCCGUUUGUUUCACGCAUUCUGGUGGACUCACUAUGUAUGCUUCUGUGCUUUGGUAGUAGUGUAUGUAUGGGCUAUUCAACAGAGCACCCACAACACAGCCUCGGCGGAAGACACCCGCAGAAUUUUCGAUCAAGCUGAGAGCUGUAUGCAACAUCUUGCCCAGGCAACUGCCUCAAAUUCGCCCUCACGACGCUAUAGCAUCAUCCUGCAGGAACUCCGUACAGAGGCAAAGCGGAAAACAGCAAGGUCACGUCAAGAGCAGGCACAUUCAUCGUCAAACACCGGUGAGACUGGAGCUUCUGUAUCGUUAGGUGGCGAAACGACACGAGACAUUUCCGAUUCUGCUUUGGAAGCCUUGCGGCCGAUCUUUGGUAGCAGCCCAAUGGACGUGACUACACCAGGACUGCAAACCUUCCUGGACGAUUGGCAAACGACCGACUGGCUUGAUCUUGAUGCAUCCGCAUUUGGCCCUUUUCCCGAGAUAGAUGACUUGGAGAUCGCCUGGAUGAACGACGUAUCUUAA